GCCAUGGAGCUGGGCUCCAAUCUGCUCCGCCGACGCCACGGCGGCGGCGUCCGCGAGGGCGAGGGCGAGGGCGAGGGCGAGGCCGGCGGCGGCGGGGCCGGCAAUGCCAAGGAGGAGGCGGUCUCGGUGGAGCAAGCGUUCGCGGACAAGCCCGUGCCAUCGUGGCGGGAGCAGCUGACGGUGCGCGCCUUCGUGGUGGGGGCGCUCCUCUCCGUCCUGUUCAGCGUCAUCGUCAUGAAGCUCAACCUCACCACCGGCAUCAUCCCCUCGCUCAACGUCUCCGCCAGCCUCCUCAGCUACUUCCUCGUCCGCCUCUGGACCAAGGCCAUCGAGAGCAUGGGCCUGCUCAAGCAGCCCUUCACGCGACAGGAGAACACCGUCAUCCAGACCUGCGUCGUCUCCGCCUACGGCAUCGCCUUCAGCGGCGGGUUUGGCAGCUAUCUAUUUGGUAUGAGUGGAACUAUUGCUAAACAAGCAACAGAGGCCAAUGAUGCUCAGAAUAUCAAGGACCCUCACCUAGGAUGGAUGAUAGGGUUUAUGUUCCUCGUCAGUUUUGUUGGCCUUUUCGCUCUGGUUCCUCUGAGAAAGAUUAUGAUUGUGGAUUACAAGCUGACUUACCCUAGUGGAACUGCGACCGCAUACCUCAUCAAUGGAUUUCACACGCCCGAGGGUGCCGAGCUUGCAAAGAAGCAAGUUCGGACGUUGGGCAAGUACUUCUCACUUAGUUUCCUUUGGGCCUUCUUCCAGUGGUUCUAUACAGCUGGGGACGACUGCGGAUUCAGCUCCUUCCCAACACUCGGCCUUGAAGCUUACAAAAACAAGUUCUAUUUUGAUUUCUCAGCUACUUAUGUUGGUGUUGGAAUGAUAUGCCCGUAUAUCGUAAAUGUGUCUCUUCUUCUUGGAGGCAUUAUCUCGUGGGGAGUAAUGUGGCCACUGAUCAGCACAAAAAAAGGAAGCUGGUACUCUGACUCUCUUCCAGAUAGUAGUCUACAUGGACUAAAUGGUUAUAAGGUGUUUAUAACCAUAGCAGUAAUUCUUGGGGAUGGCCUGUACAACUUCUUGAAGGUAUUUAUCCGCUCAAUAUGUGCACUCAUAUCAGUGUACAGGAAUAGAAAUGCAAACACGCUUCCUGUGUCCGAGGAUGGCACCCCUGUCACUCCCAUUGAAGCUGAGUCAUUUGAUGACAAGCGUCGUGUUGAGCUAUUCUUGAAGGAUCAAAUUCCCAAGACAGUUGCAUUUGGAGGCUAUGUUGCUCUGGCAGCUAUAACCAUCGGUUGCCUCCCUCUCAUCAUCCCACAGCUCAAGUGGUACCAUAUUUUGGCUGCAUACAUCCUUGCUCCUAUACUGGCCUUCUGCAAUGCCUAUGGAUGUGGCCUAACUGAUUGGUCCCUCGCCAGCACCUAUGGUAAGCUUGCUAUUUUUAUCAUUGGUGCAUGGGCAGGUGCAUCCCAUGGUGGGGUGCUUGUAGGAUUAGCUGCAUGCGGUGUCAUGAUGAGCAUUGUGGGAACAGCCUCUGAUCUGAUGCAAGACUUCAAGACUGGGUACCUGACUCUGGCCUCGCCAAGGUCCAUGUUCAUCAGCCAGGUGAUAGGCACUGCCAUGGGCUGUGUUAUUGCGCCCUGUGUCUUCUGGCUGUUUUACAAGUCCUUCGACAUUGGUGCUAGUGGUGGCGCUUAUCCAGCACCUUACACCAUUAUGUACCGCAAUAUGGCGAUCCUUGGCGUGGAUGGCCUGUCCUUGCUUCCAAAGAACUGCCUCACACUGUGCUACAUUUUCUUUGCUGUUUCCUUUGCCAUCAAUUUGAUCAAGGAUCAAGUGCCCGCGAAGGUUGCGAAGUUCAUCCCCAUCCCCAUGGCAGCAGCAAUUCCUUUCUACCUUGGGCCAUACUUCGCGAUUGAUAUGUUCUUGGGCAGUGUGAUACUCUUCUUUUGGGAAUGGAAGAACAAAGCUGAAGCAGAUUCGUUCGGACCAGCAGUUGCGUCGGGCUUGAUGUGCGGUGAUGGGCUGUGGGCACUGCCCCAGGCUGUUCUGUCUCUUGCCAAUGUGAAUCCUCCUAUUUGCAUGAAGUUCUUGUCAAGGUCGGUGAAUACUAAAGUGGACUCCUUCCUUGGGAACUAGCUAGUGAUAGUUUGAUCGAGUAGAAUUAUCUUUGUCUCGUAGUUGAAGUGGUUAAAUAAUUCUAGUCAUGUAAAUUUAUUAGUAUCAUUGCGCAAUUUUCGUAUUUGUUUUAGUAGUCAAGCACAAUUGGAGAAGCUGUCUGAAUUGUUUAGUGCUGCAGUUGACUGGUUGCUCUCUCU